AUGGGAUCCAAUUGUAAACAGCUACUUUGGAAAGUUUGGUCAUUCAAAGACAUCAUCGCGUUACUUACGAUACCGCUACUGUGUCUUCCAUUGAUUAUAGUUAUUCCGACACCGGAGUCUUAUUGUGGGUAUGUACUAAUAGUGAUGUCCCUGUAUUGGAUAUUUGAAUGUGUACAUAUAUCGGUAACUUCUCUGAUACCGCUAGUCCUAUUUCCCACGUUUGGCAUACUGGAAGGUGGUGCAACCGCUUCGAUGUAUUUUAAAGACAUAACUGUGCUGAUAUUUGGGGCUACAUGUAUGGCAUUAGCCAUCGAACACUGGAAUCUCCAUCGACGGAUAGCGUUAUCUGUAUUGGUAGUUUCUGGAACGAAGCUAAGGUGGUUACUAUUAAGCUUCAUGUUGAUCACGUGGUUUUUAUCAGCGUGGAUGAGCAAUACAGCUACCACUGCAAUGAUGUUACCCUUAGCCCAAUCUGUAUUGGCUCGAUUAUCAGAGAUAAAAACAUCAGAAAUGCCUUCUAAUUCCCAUCAAAAUAAGAAAGAUUCGUGUGAUAACUCUGAGAUUGGAGAUGUCAUAACGAAUGUCCAUCAGGAGACAUCCGAAAAACGCCCUUCACGUUUGAAUAGAAAGGUUUCCAAGACAACUCCCGAGAAUGAACCGAUUGGUUUACAAGUCGCCGAGGAGUAUCGAUUGUUUGGGAAAGCUUUAACGCUUGCAAUAUGUUAUUCUGCUAGUAUUGGUGGUACGGCCACGCUGAUUGGUUCGUCGCCGCAACUUAUAUUAUAUGGACAAAUGAAUGAUUGGGCCGAACUAAGUGUAUUGACGAUGUUUGUAAGUCUGUGUCUAUUGUGGAUAUCCAGAAAUAUUGGUGGAUACGGAUGGACCAUGCUGUUUCCGGAAGAUUACGUCACUGACGCGACCCCGGCAAUAUUCAUGGCAUUUGUUCUGUUCUGUUUUCCAUCGGAAUUCCCGGGUUUCUUUAGACUAAGAACCAAAGAAGAUACACCACCAACUACACCCAAACCAAGCUUACUUAAUUGGCAAGUGGUGCAUAAAAAGAUGCCCUGGAGUUUGUUUCUAUUAAUUGGCGGAGGAUAUGCGUUGGCUGAAGGAAUGGAGGUCACAGGUUUGUCACGGUGGAUUGGUGAUCAGCUCUCAUCACUUGGGUUUUUAUCAGACUGGACCAUUGUACUUAUAUGUUCUACAUUAGCGUGCUUUUUUACAGAGGUCACUAGUAAUACUGCAGUUGCGACUAUAUUUCUACCAAUAAUCGGGCCAUUGGCAGAAAGCAUUUGCCUGAGUCCUCUAUAUGUUUUGAUGCCAUGCUAUAUUUUGAUAUCAUAUGCUUUCAUGUUACCAGUGGCAACAGCUCCGAAUGCUAUGGCGUUUGCAAACGGUUUGCUGACAAUUCCGGAUAUGGCGUUCACCGGAUUAGGACUCAGCAUUCUUGGUAUUGCAUGGAUUAACCUAUGGGUGAAUAGCGUUGGUAAUGUACUGUUUGAUUUAGAUGAGUACCCAGACUGGGCGAAGACUGAUAAUACAACAUGUUUCGAUACCACCAUGAAUAUAUCACUUAAGUUUGUUGAUAAGAUGAGUUCACAGUUAUAA